AACGACUGGAGUUACAGUGCGUACAGGACGGGCGGAGUCUCUCCGCUGGUGUCGAGGCUUGUUGGUUAUAUAAAUAGAUAAAGAGGGGCAGUAGGCACCUCUUGCACUUUCUUGUGGAGCGAGACGCACCGGCCAGUCUUCGCCGAGCGCCAUGGCUCGACACGCGUACCUUCUACUUGGGGUACUACUCCUUGCCUACUCUGUUAAGGCACAAGACGAUGACGGUGAUGAUGAACAGAAUCCUGAACAGCUUUGUGACGGACGUCCUGGAGAUGAAUACUUUAGAUUGUCUACCGAAGGCGAUUGCCGAGAAGUAGUUCGGUGUGACAAAGGAGGUGAAAAUGGCGUCACAAGGCUCGCUUCAGUGCGCUGCCCUGGUGGACUAGCAUUCGAUAUCGACCGCCAGACAUGUGAUUGGAAAACACAUGUUAAGAAUUGUGAUAAACUAGAAAAACCAAGAAAAAUUCUGCCCAUUCUGAAGACUGAUGAACCAAUUUGCUCCGAAGGCAAGCUUGCUUGCGGAAGUGGUGACUGCAUCGAGAAAGAAUUAUUCUGUAACGGAAAACCAGACUGCAAAGAUGAAUCUGAUGAAAAUGCUUGCACCGUCGAUUUGGACCCUAAUAGAGCACCAGACUGCGAUACCAGCCAAUGCAAACUUCCUGAUUGCUUCUGCUCAGCUGAUGGUACUCGUAUCCCCGGAGGCUUGGAGCCUAGUCAAGUCCCUCAGAUGAUCACAAUCACCUUCAACGGUGCUGUAAACGUUGACAACAUUGACUUGUACGACCAGAUCUUCAAUGGAAACCACCAAAAUCCUAAUGGUUGUCAGAUCCGUGGUACAUUCUUUGUCUCCCACAAAUACAGUAACUACGCUGCUAUUCAGGAAUUACACCGCAGGGGACACGAAAUCGCAGUUUUCUCAAUCACACAUAAAGAUGAUCCUAACUAUUGGACCAGUGGAAGCUAUGACGAUUGGUUAGCCGAAAUGGCUGGAGCGCGUCUUAUAAUUGAACGUUUUGCGAACAUUAGCGAUGCUUCCAUUAUUGGAGUAAGAGCCCCAUACCUGAGAGUUGGAGGAAAUAAACAAUUUGAAAUGAUGACUGACCAAUACUUUGUAUAUGAUGCUUCUAUAACCGCACCCCUAGGUCGUGUCCCUAUCUGGCCUUACACAUUAUUCUUCCGCAUGCCACAUAAGUGUAAUGGAAACGCCCAUAACUGUCCCUCAAGGAGUCACCCAGUCUGGGAAAUGGUUAUGAAUGAACUUGACAGAAGAGAUGACCCAACCUUUGAUGAAUCUCUUCCUGGUUGUCACGUGGUGGACUCUUGUUCAAACAUUCAAACUGGAGAACAAUUCGCGCGUCUUCUUCGUCACAACUUCAACCGUCACUACACGACCAACCGUGCCCCUCUUGGUUUCCAUUUCCAUGCUUCUUGGCUCAAGUCAAAGAAAGAAUUCAGAGAUGAACUUAUCAAAUUUAUCCAAGAAAUGAAUGAAAAGAACGAUGUUUACUUCACUUCUCUCAUUCAGGUGAUACAAUGGAUGCAGAACCCCACAGAACUGUCCCAACUCAGAGAUUUUGCGGAAUGGAAACAAGACAAAUGUGACGUAAAAGGUCAACCAUUCUGCUCUCUGCCAAAUGCGUGUCCUUUAACUACCCGGGAAUUGCCAGGCGAGACACUGCGUCUUUUCACCUGUAUGGAAUGCCCUAAUAACUACCCCUGGAUUUUAGAUCCCACGGGAGAGGGCUUCAGCGUUAGGAAGUGAUCUCUUUUAAGUAGAAUUUAAAAAGACUGUACACAUGUAAAUAAUACUCAAUAAUGUAAUAAAUACAACUACGUGGCAGGAAAUCCGUGUCAAUUUAAAUAAAAAAAUUAUGUGUUUUCAUACCAUA